GAUUUGCAAGUCGCGUCUUUAUUUGGUGGGCAGCGUGUUAUCGGCGCUGAUCGUAGGCGCGCUGGUGGCUGUGCUGGUGCUGCAGCCGUGGGCCAGCGACGACCACCCGCGCUACCCGCGCGCCACCGUCGCCGCCAAUGGAUACGAGUGCGCUUCUAUUGGACGCCAAAUCCUGGAAAAGGAUGGUUCCGCGGUAGACGCGGCGAUAGCGACAUUGUUCUGCGAGGGCGUCGCGUGCGCACAAUGUAUGGGGCUCGGCGGCGGGUUCCUGGCGACGGUGUACGACGCGCCGACGGGCCGGGUGCGCGUCGUGAACGCUCGCGAGCGCGCGCCGGCGGCCACCCACGAGGAUCAGUUCGCGAACGCAUCGUCUACCGUAGGCGGGUUAGCCAUCGCCGUACCGGGCGAACUCCGGGGUUACGGGGAGCUGUAUCGGGCGUACGGACGCCUGCCGUGGGCGGAGCUGGUGCGGCCUACCGCCGACCUGUGCCGGCGCGGCCACCGCGUCAACUCCUACAUGGGCCGCGUGCUGCACUCCUACAGCGACAGAAUCAAGGCCGAACCGUCCAUGAGAUUACUUUCUAGGGUCGAAUGGCAAGAGCCAAUCGCGGUGCCGGUGUCGAGCGAGCACACGCUAUACUCCGUCCCGCUGCCCGGCUCGGGGUCGGUGCUGGCCUUCAUCCUCAACAUGCUGCGCGACUGGGUGGGCGCCGGCACCGCCGCGCCCGAGGGCUCCACCCUCUACUGGCACCGCAUCAUCGAAACCUUCAAGUACGCGUACGCAAAGCGAACCGGCCUCGGCGACGCUUCACGCUCUGAUUUGGCUAAGAGGAUCACGCAGUUGGAGCGCAACCUAUCAGACCCGGCGUGGGCGCGCAGCUACCGCGACCUAGUGGACGAUGCGCGCACAUUCCCCGACUGGCAGCACUACGGCGCGUCGUUCGAGGGCGCCGACGACCACGGCACAGCUCACAUCGUCGUCGUCGCGCCCGAUGGCAGCGUCGUGUCUGCUACCAGCACUAUCAACUACAUGUGCACGGUUGCGUAUUUCCCGACUGGCAGCACUACGGCGCGUCGUUUGAAGGCGCCGACGACCACGGCGCACAUCGUCGUCGUCGCGCCCGACGGCAGCGUCGUGCACGGCACUUGCAUGUUCCCCGACUGGCAGCACUACGACGCGUCGUUCGAGGGCGCCGACGACCACGGCACAGCGCACAUCGUCGUCGUCGCGCCCGACGGCAGCGUCGUGUCCGCUACCAGCACUAUCAACUACAUUUGGGGUUCUCAACGGCGGUCCCGCUCCCUCGGCAUCAUGCUGAACAACGAGAUGGAUGACUUCGCUAUCCCCAAUCGCGAGUCAGCGUACGGUCUGCCGCCGUCGCCCGCCAACCUCCUGGCUCCUGGCCUACAACCGCUCAGCUCCAUGACGCCCAGUAUCGUUCUCAAGAACAACCGCACAUUGGCAUUGGUUGUUGGAGCCGCCGGUGGAACUAAAAUAACUACUCAAGUGUCGCUGAUAGUGAGACAUGUGAUCAACGAAGGCGGAUCCUUCAAACAUGCCGUAAUGCGUCCACGACUUCACCACCAGUUGAUUCCUAUGGAAGUGGAAUACGAAGCUGAUUUCGAUGCGUCAAUAAUAUCGGCCCUCCGCGCGCGAGGUCACGCUACCACAGAGCUGGGCUCCACGGCUGGCUUCGCGGCCGUCAUAGGCGCUGUGAGGGACCCCGAUGGAUACCUCAGCCCGCAAACCGACCGCCGCCGAAUAGGCAGCAUGGACGGAUUUUAAUGACAUAAAACGUAUUAGAAAAUCUCUGGAUAAAGGGUCCAUUUGACAUGAUAGGUGAAAGUUGCAUUGAAAUGCGACACGGGAGAAGUUUGAGUUCAAAUUGUGACGAAUGUUUCAAAUGAAACGGUUUAGUUUAACUUAAGGGGUCGCACUACCAGCAAUAAGUUAGCAAGACAUAGAUAAACAAUAGUUUAACGUCCUCAUAAAUUCAGUGCUUCUUUAAAUCGGCUGUCUUGUCCCCAUAAAAAAGUAUUUUUUGUUAAUGUAAUCGUCAAUAAAGUACUUUUCUUGUGUUAUUAUCGAAGUAAUUAAUGGCGAUUAUUUCAAGGACCCGACGUAUUUGUGCUCAAAACGUAGGUAAUUUUUAGGAUUAAAUUAUGCACUUCGUGCUUGUGGGUACUGUGUACUUACAUUUUUUUUUAAUUCAACAACUUACUAACAGUUUUUUAUUUUAUUUAUUUUAAUGAACUUCCUAUAGUCACAGAAAUGUGAAGUACUAUAAA